UAGACAGCGCGAGCAGAGUUUUGUUGUGUGUUGCGUGUAGCGGGACAAAUAAACUUUGACGCGUGUUCACAGCUUACGUUUUUUUAAAGCAAAAUAUGAAUUAAAAACUCGUCGUAUCGUCUACUUGUUUUUUUUAGAAGGUUUAUUAAGUGUUUCGUACGCCCUACCCACGUUUUCUCGGUUGUACAGGGGAAUGAAAGCCCAGCAAAAGCAAAACAAAUCAACUCUAGCUUUGGAAAAUGAUUUCUUUUCAAAGGUUGUGGUACUUGAUGCCUUUUAGGUCCAUUGUGGUGGAAAAACAACGACGUAGUCGGAACUGAAGCGAAUGCGAAGGAAAAAGAAAAAAAACACGAUACCAUGUCUAUAAGUGCCUUGCAGUGCCUCAAAAUCAACACAUGCCUACCUUUGUGUUUAGUAUUAUAUUUUAUAAACGUUUGCCAGGCGUGGCUGCCCGAUACAAACACGAAAUUAAUUAACAAUGUAAAUAAGUUAUCCAGCGUUAGUUUUAAAGGGAACAACAGUUUCCUCGAUCAUUUCACCGUCUUGUAUCAAGACCAGGAAACUAUAUUAUUGGGGGGCCGUAAUAGGGUUUAUAACUUGUCGGUGUUUGAUUUCGUCGAAAGGAAACAUUUCGGAAUCCAAUGGCCUUCGUCCGAAGCCCACGGCCAACUUUGCAAUCUCAAAGGCAAAAACGAAGACGAAUGCCAAAAUUACAUCAGGAUGUUGUUCCAUACGGGACCUGGUCGGAUUUUAAUCUGCGGCACCAACUCGUUUAAGCCCCUGUGCAGGAAUUACUUCUACAAGAACGGCAACUAUAUGAUGGAAAAGGAGUCCGAGGGAAUCGGCGUGUGCCCGUACGAUCCUGAUCACAACAGCACCGCCAUCUACAGUAACGGUCACUUAUUUUCAGCCACCGUUGCUGAUUUUUCCGGGGGGGAUCCUCUUAUUUAUAGGGAACCUCUUCGUACGGAGUUAUCGGAUCUGAAACAUCUGAAUGCUCCCAAUUUUGUCAGUUCAGUAACGCACGGGGAAUAUAUUUACUUCUUCUUCAGGGAAACGGCAGUAGAAUUUAUGAACUGCGGAAAGAUAAUAUAUUCGCGAGUGGCGAGGGUUUGCAAACACGAUAAGGGCGGACCUCAUCAAUCAAGAAACAAGUGGACCACUUUUACUAAAGCAAGACUGAAUUGUUCCGUCCCUGGAGAAUAUCCGUUUUAUUUCGAUGAAAUUCAAUCAACUAGCGGCAUAAUCGAGGGCCAGUACGGAGAUGCGAGUUCGAAAAUAAUAUACGGGGCGUUGACAACCCCUGACAACGCGAUAGGAGGAUCGGCCAUUUGCGUCUUCCGCAUGGACGACAUCGAGGACGUUUUCAAAGGGCCAUUUAAACAUCAAGAGGGCAUCAACGCUAAUUGGUUGCCGGUACCGGACAGUAAAGUACCCGAACCACGUCCAGGAGAAUGCGCAAUCGACAGUCGCAUUUUGCCCGAUGCGAACGUAAAUUUUAUAAAAACGCAUCCUCUUAUGGAACGGGCCGUGCCGUCGACUUACGGCAAACCGAUUUUGAUUAGAGUCAGUUUGAACUACAGGUUUACAGCUAUCGCUGUCGAUCCUCAAGUUAGAACGGUCAACGACAAGACGUACGACGUCAUUUACAUCGGUACAGACGAUGGAAAAGUGCUCAAAGUGGUCAACGUACCAUCGGAAAAUUCGGCCAAGGCGGUUGUGGUGUCGGAAAAUGAAGUUUUCGCUAGAGGUGUGCCGGUCAAACAGCUAACUGUAGUGUCCGGCUACGGCAAAGUAGUUGCAGUCAGUAAAGGUGAAACUAAGCUGAUCACGCUGAACCAUUGCAAGAGUAUCGCGACAUGCAAUGAAUGUUUGGAAUUGCGAGACCCUCACUGCGCGUGGGACCAAUUCAAAAACCUCUGCGUGAGCGUAGACGCCGUAACCUCAUUCAGAUACCUCGUUCAAGAUGUGAAACGAGGAAACGGAUCGAAGUGCAAAAUGCAGUCCACCGAUAAAGCGUUAGAAAAGGAAAUCGACGAUAACAGCAUAGUGGACAACGCAAUAGACGAAGAAAGCAAGAGCAGCGCUGAAGACUUGUUGCUCAGAAUUGAUAACGAGUCAGCGGAUUGUAACGAUGUGAAUGCCGAUUACAGAACAGGCUGUUCAACGAUUAGAAAAUCGGAAUUUUCUUCCGGGACUUUGUACGGCGGCAUCAUUUCAGCAGCGAUGGUUGGACUCUUGGCGGGGUUUGUGGGGGGUUACUGCGUUUCGAGAAAAUUUCACACGCAUUACCCCAGCGCCCCGUUCAUCGAGCAACACAAUCACUUGGAUAGACUGAACGGAAAUCAGAAUAGUUUUUUAGCCAGACCGACCAAGACGGUUAACCUGGACGUCCUCAACGUAUCAUCCGACACUUUGCCGCCAAAGAAAGACAAUCUGGGAUCGUUAAAAAACUUAAACAUAACAAACGAGGGGACGCUGCAAAAAAUCAAGAAGACUUACAUUUAGUCCCCGGUUUGAUUUGAUUUUAUUUUUCUCGUUAAAAGUAUAUUUUUGUACCUGCUCUUUUUUAUUUUUUACUUUAUAUAGACUGCCUUCGACGCUACGUGUGGUUUUAAGUAAUGAAUCUCAUUUUUUUCGCUUUAAGGUGAAGAUUGUUAACGAAAGCUCAAUUGUGUUAUGUAGUUUAAUUCGGAGAUAAUAAUGAUAAUAAUAAGCACAAUAAUCACGGUUUCAUGCAUAUGUUUAAUAGACCAUGUAUAAAUAAUCCCCACAAUCUUUAAGCGCACGACACUCAUUUUAAUUCGGGAUUAUUUUUUAGUAUUUUGGGGCGGAAAACAAAAAGUGAUCCCACAUAUUUUAGCAUAUUUUUGCUAUAUGAAUGAUAAUUUUGCUUCCUGUUACGCGAAUAAUUAAAUGGCAAUAUACAUACGUCUUUAAUUAGGAGCACUCGAAUAAUUUUCGUGUGUGCUAAAAUGUUUAUUUUUUUAGUAUAAUGAGUGUUAAUUUAGAUGUCUGUUUUUAAAUUUUUAAUUAUAUUGUCGAAAGCGAGACGAGUUAUUCCCAAAUCGACAAAUAUUUCGUUUCGCUUUAUGUGAUGAUGUUUGGAAUGAUAUUAAACGUUACAGAAUAGUUGAUAGAAUUUAUAGUAAGUUAUACGCGCCUCUUUUUUUGAAUCGCGAGUCGAAAUUAUGGUUUGGACUAGUUCAAUAAGCAUUUUUUUUGAAAAAAUUUCAAAAAUUAACGCGUAGUACAAAACGAGAAUAAGAAAAAAACGGUGCGGUGUAACGAUUUUAACGGUUUAGUGUACAUAGAUAAUUUUAUUUUAGUUUUCAGGUACAGGUUUGGCUGUGAUCUACGGAAAAAAAAAUCUACAUUGCCUUUUUAUCUUGUAGGGGUAUGAAAAAAUAAUGGGAUAAUUCCUCAGAACAAAAAUAAGGGAGGAGAUUAUUUUAUUAUUUUUUCCGACGAAUUGUAUUUUAAUAUUAACAUUCCAAUAGCUACUUUGUAAUUAAAUAAAUAAACGUAAUCAAGUGAA